AUGUGCUCCCGCCAAGACAAAGACCAGUGCCACCGGCAAGAACAAUCCUCAUGCCACGACAGUGAAGGGUGCCACAGGAGCAGCAGUGGAUCCGGAUGCCACAGGAGCAGUGGUGGAUCCGGAUGCCACAGGAGCAGUGGGGGAUCUGGAUGCCACAGGAGCAGUGGGGGAUCUGGAUGCCACAGGAGCAGCAGUGGAUCCGGUUGUCACGGGAGCAGAGGAUUCGGAUGCCACGGGAGCAGUGGUGGAUCUGGAUGCCAUGGGAGCAGUGGUGGAUCUGGAUGCCACGGGAGCAGUGGGGGAUCUGGAUGCCAUGGGAGCAGUGGGGGAUCUUGCCAUGGAAAGCCACAGGAUUGCCAGCAGCAGAUUUAUCAAGGAAACCCACAGACCCACUCCCAGCGGCAGCAGCAGCAGCAGCAGCAGCAGCAGAUCCCCCAGCUGCCCUCGCAGAAGCUGAAGUGA